UCUGUAAACCAGAAAGCUGUGAUACUUCUUUGCACUCCAGUGCGCAAGGUAGUGCUGGGCAUAAAGCAAGUGCUCAGUAACAACACUAACUUGAAAAUCAUCUAUGGAGUGCCUGGAAAGCACUGCCGGAUAUGUAUUUGUUGUCGCAGUAUUUCUACAGUCACAACGAAAAUUUGGGCUAAAAGAUAGUCAUUUAAAAGCUUCACCUUCGUUUAGUCAACUGGGACUUUCCGAAGUGGUUUUUGCUCUUUCACUCCAAGCAGGCAUGGUUUCUGCCUGCCUUUCCUCAAGUCUGGUUUACAUUUUCGACUCCCACCAACGGCGAGGCUGCGGGUGGCGCAGGUAUUCCACUAACAGCCCAAACUACCACAUUUUUAGUACCAGAAGUACUAUUAAGUUAGAGUAUGAAGGAACAUCAUUUUCUGAGUGGAGUGUGCCAGGAACUUGUUCUGUGAAAAAUAAAAGUUCACCCAAGACAGAACUACGUUGUUUUUCUCCUGGUUUUCAGACUAUAAGACCAAUUGUUACGGGCCCAGAUUCAGAAGAAGAACGUAAUUUGUCUGUGGAUAGUUCCCAUAUUUGUUUCCUGUGGUAUUAUAAAGUUAUAAAUUUAUUUCACAAUUUAACCCAGGUUAUUGUUCUAUGGAUAUAUGAUCCAGAAAAUGCAGACACCAAUGAGUUGCUAUGGAAUGCAAAUGAACCUUCACUAUAUUCCUUAAUACUUAGCAGGCAGUUGGCCACUUUGGGACAGAAGCCUAUCAUAUACACAACUCUGAAGAGAAAAGUUUAUUUUCCACAUGAUAAAAUGAAGAAUGGGACCUGGCGUAUUUCAGUACCAAUGACGUCAGAAGAUGUGCUAAAGGAGAUUAAAGGAAAUCAAGUGGCUUUUCAAGAUUGCUUUAUUGCAGAUUUUCUUUUCCUGCAGACCUUUCCGUUGUUGACAAUACCUGAGAUUCCUGGAUUUUUACCGAUCUCUUCACCAGCUGGUAGUCAGUUAAUGGCAACCUGGAUUGCUUGUGUUCCUUCUUAUAUUGUUGUGGUAGCGGAUAUGGAAACCUUUCAAACAAAUGAUUCAUUCCGUACUUGGAUCAGAAUCAGAGUGCCUCCAAACAUUUUGACUGAGGAUGAAAGACACAGCAUAUCUGAUGUGAAUGUAUCACGGGAUGGAAUAUUUUUUCUAAUAAAUGGUGUUCUUUACAUAAAGAGUUUUACUGAGUUCAAAAGACUGGGAAUAAGUGAAAAUCUCCCCAAUAGUGGAAUUAUUGGCAUUACAUCAAGAAAAUGGUGUUGGAUCAACUAUUUAUUAAAGGCCAAAAGAAGAAGUAGUAUGGCAAUCUGGACAGAAAAUGAAGUUUAUCUCGGAUACACUUUCCUUAAGUUUGUUAAAAUAAUAACUACCAAAAAACUUAAAAACCUUCUAAAUAUAUCACCAGCUGCUACACUGACUAUACACAAUGUUGAGUAUCCAGGACACCCAUUGGAACUCGCCUUAUUAUUAAAUUACUGCACUACAUGUAGAGUCAACAAAACGAUUUAUGUGGUAAUAUACAAUGAAGAUACAGAACAGUGGGUGUACCAAGACUUUGCCUUAGAUGUCUCUAUUGACAGUUUUUUAACUCCGCAUUUCAUAUAUGCAGCAAUGCCAGAAUUAAUACUGCGGGAUAAACAUAGGAUCUACUAUUGUUAUCACAACUUCACUGAGACUGGAGUUAUACAAACACCUACAGAAUUUGGAAAUCUAUCAAGAUUGUCAAAUAACAGCAUUGUUCAUGACAUUUUCAUGGAUUAUUAUGGAAAUGUUGUGGUAAAAAUGGAAAACAACAUAAUGUUUUAUUUCAAGAUCAAUAUCAGAGAUGCAAUAAAACUACAUUUAUGGACAAAUAGUACAAUGAAGUCAUUAAUUUUAUUGAAUUCCUCUGGUCAAAUAUUUCUCAUAUAUGUUUUUGAAAAUGGCACACUAUAUCCACGGGAAUAUCCUUUAAAACUGGAAUCACUAAGUGUAAACUUCAAUAUAAAUGAAAAAUGCCCCUACGUGGCAUUUCAUAAUAAUAUUUUUAGUAUAUUUUACUUUUUGGACAAGGGACAGAACCUGUCCAUUUGGACUCAAAUAGUCUAUCCAGAAAAUAUGGGUCUGUAUAUUGUUGUGGAAUCAUAUGGCCCAAAUAUAUUACAAGAGAAAGAUCAAACUCACUAUGAAAUUGCCCUAGGAUACUGCACAAAAACGAUGACAGUAACAUUUUUUCAGAAUAUAAAUUAUGAGGCAGUAGAUGACUACUUCAAGUUGCAACACCAGAACACAGGGCUUGUGCUUGUGCAGGUUCGGCCUAAUGAAUAUGCAAGAGCAUGUCCAAUAGCCCAAAAGGUGUUCCAAAUAGCUGUUGGCUGUGAUUCUAAUAAAUUCAUUACUGUUAAAGGAUUUAAUAAAAAGGACUGUCUUCAGCAUGAUUUCUUUUACGUUAUUGAAAAGUCAUAUCUGAGGAAUCAAACAUCUAAAAACUUGAGAGUAAAAUAUAAUUGGAAAAAAUAUGGCUGCCCAUUGAGACUUGAUUUUGGAGAAAAGUUUCACCCUUUGCUUCAGCUAUACGACAACAAUGGCUAUGUUGAAGAUGUAGAAGUCAAUUUCAUUGUGUGGGAAAUACAUGGCAGGAAUGACUACAGCUUUAAUAAUACUAUGAAGAAGAGUGGCUGUUUAAAUGAAGCCCAGACGUGGAAGUCAAUGACUGAGCUUAACAAGCACCUCCCACUAGAAGAAGCCUGGGGACCUGAGAACUAUAAGCACUGUUUCUCUUAUGCUAUUGGAAAACCAGGAGACUUAAAUCAACCAUAUGAGAUAAUCAACAAGUCUAACUAUAACCAUUUAGUUUGGCCCGAGGACCAUUCUGGAAUGUAUGUGUUUCGUGUGAAGAUCCUGGAUCCAAACUAUAGUUUUUGUAACCUGACAACUGUAUUUGCAAUAGAGACCUUUGGAAUGAUUCCCAGGAUAAUCAUCUUUUCCCCCAUGGAGGCAUUUCUUGACUGUAUCACCAGGUUAAAUCCUUCCUACAUCCAAGUGGCUACCUGGUUGCUGCUUUCCUCUUUGUCCUGAUGCUACUAUUCUUCAGUAUUCUAGUUUUGAGCUAUUUCCAUUAUAUGAGGAUUUAUAAACAACAGAUUUAUGAACCAAUUAACAGAUAUGAAAGAAAACAAAAGACUAAUUAGGAAAAAUGGAAGUUUGUUUAGUAUGGAUAUAUAUAGAGAGAGUGUGUGUAUAUAUAUUUAUAUUACGAGUGUGUAUGUGACCAAGAAAUACUAAGGAUAAACACAUAGUAUGUGCUUAUCAACAAAACAAGCUUAUCAACACUCAAGCCCCUGAAAAAUGUUUUUAAAUUACCCCAAGACAAAUAUUCUCAGAUCUAUUGUGUGUUAUAAAAUUAAUUUUAAGGUGUUUGCCCUUACCUUAACAUAUUCUAUAUAUUCUUACAUGGCUUUUUACAAAUUAAAAGAAAAGAAAACUAAAUUUAGCUAUUAAAAUACUUCCUAAGAAUGAAUGUAAAUUUUUGAAAGUGUAUAAGUGUGUCAAAUGUUUUAUAAGUGGGGUGGGGGGGGGGAUACAGGGAAAGGCUGGAUCUCAAGACCUGAGCUUGACAUGACCCAAAGUCAAGAGUUGAACACUUAACCAACUGAGCCACCCAAGUGCCCCUGAAAUAUUAUUAUUUUGCACGAAACUUUUCAUAUGAAACCUUCUGAAAAAAGCUUAAUGUGUCCUAAACCUUAUAUGGCUAUAGCUAAUUUAUGUAUAAAAAACUUAAUGUGUCCUAAAUAGUUUUAAAUAUAUUUCAGAAGUUUUUCUAUUGGUAGAUUCACACAUGAAAUGUACAAAUUAUAUUGAAAAUGAGAAGCUGAUGCUCUAAGUUUUAAUUUUAAGUUUUAAAAUACGAUUUUCAAAAAAAAUAAAUAAAAUAAAAUAAAAUACGAUUUUCAUGUUCAACAUAAGCUUCUUAACUUGUCCAAAUGUUACCACAGCUUUCAAACAAUUAGUGUUUGUAACAGUCAGAGUUCAACUAGAGAAGCAGAAUUUGUGGGAAGUGCAUAUGUGUGUGUAAAGAGAUUUAUUUAAAAGAACUGGCUUAUGUGAUUGUUGAGACUAGCUAAACUAGUCUGAAAUCUAUAGGACAGAAAUCCAGAAUAGAAGAUCACAAAAAAUAUAAGAGCAAGAUGGAACUCCACGGACACAGAUCAAAGCUGUUGUCCAUAACUUGAAUUUCUUAUUUUACUAAAAUCAAGAACAAGACAAGCAUACCUGCUACUCAUCACUGUUUUGAAAGUUCUGACAUUACGUGAGGAAAAUAAAAUAACCACUAUAAAUACUGGGAUAAAGGAUAAAAUCCUCUCUUUCACUAAUAAGAUCAUAUGCCUAGGAAACCCAAAAGAAUUACUAGAUUAAAAUAAUUUGAUGGUUCAAUAUGAGGUAAAUAUUUAAAACUUAAUACUUU